GAUAUAGAUAAGUAUCUUGAAGUGUACUGGAGCAGUUUCUUACCCCUUUGUCACUGAUGGACUCAUUGAAAGUGGACAAAAGUUUUUAAUCUGAGACUUGAAACCAACACAUCACUUCAUAAGACUUGGAACCCAGAGACUGGAAGAGUGAAGAUGUAUUAUCCCACCCUUGUGCUGUACCUGGGUUUCUGGGCUUUGACAAAAUGUGCCGCUGCAAGUGGUUGGUGUUAUGAAGGCUGUGCUCAUAUUCCGAGUCAGUGGGUAGAACUCCCUAAUAGGUUUUGUGGAGGAUCAAAGCAGUCACCUGUUGAUAUCGUGACCAAAAAUGUAACGACUGACCCUAACCUGGGAAACUUCAACCUCAUCGGUUUCAACUCUCGGGAUGUCUUCACGUCCAUUAUGAACAACGGACAUACAGUCGAGUGCACACUGAAAGGAAAUGAAGUUAAAGUGAGUGGAGGUGGACUCAGUGGAACAUAUACCGCACUUCAGUUUCACUUUCACUGGGGUGAUGUAAAAAAUCCAGGCUCAGAGCACACAAUUGAUGAGCACAGAUAUCCAAUGGAGAUGCACAUAGUCACUCAGAAGGAUGGUCUCACUGCCCCUCCAGAGCAUCCAGACGGAUAUGCUGUACUUGGGUUUUUUAUAAAUGCAACAGAUGCUGUGGACAUGUCAGAGCCAUGGGUGAACUUUACAUCAUACCUGUCAAACCUCACCAACAAGGGGAGCAAGGUUGGUUUAGACCAUAGCAUCUGUAUUGAUGACUUAAUUGGAAAUGUAAAUUUGACAAAGUUCUACCGAUACAUGGGUUCCCUGACAACGCCUGCUUGCACCGAAGCAGUCGUGUGGACAAUCUUUCAUGAGCCAAUCCACGUCAACAGUGAACUGAUAAAGAAGUUUCCCAUGGAAACAAAGCUGGUUAAUAUCUACCGACCUACACAACCUCUUCAUAAACGUCAUGUGUAUGCCUCCCCUGGAACUCCUCUGCCUCCCUAUGAAUGGUGUUAUGAUCCACAUCACUGUGCUGACACUCCACCUUCUUGGCACCUUCUGCCCGGCUCCCACUGUGGUGGUACAUAUCAGUCACCCAUCAACAUUAACACAAACAAUGUUGUGCCAGACAGCAAUCUUGAUGCCUUCAUAUUUAAAAAUUUUGAUGACAAGCAUGCUAUCAAGUACAUCACCAACACAGGCCAUUCAGUGAAGUGUGUACUGGUGAAAAAUUUGAUGGAGGUGUCAGGGGGAGGUUUGGAGCAUGACUAUACCAUCCUACAGUUCCACUUCCACUGGGGUGACACAUCAGAUACAUCUGAAGGCUCAGAGCAUACUGUGAACUCAAUAAGAUACCCAAUGGAGAUGCACAUUGUAAGCAAGAGAAAGGAUUUAACCCUGGAUCAGGCACUACAGGCACCUGAUGGCUUGGCAGUGCUGGGAUUUUUUAUUGAGUCCACCCAUACUACCAAGAGAACCUCUCAUGGGAGCACUGUAUCAGGAACAGCAACGACACAUCCCACGUCAGCGCUAACAUCUAAGACAAACGCCUGGAAAAAACUGACCAGCUAUCUCUCGAAGAUCCACAAAGUUGGUACAACAGUGAAGGUCACAGACGAUAUCUCCAUUGAUGACUUGCUUGGCGAUGUGAACCGCCAUGAAUACUAUCGCUACAGUGGCUCCUUAACUACACCUUUAUGCAGUGAAACAGUUGUCUGGACAAUCUUUAAAGAGUCAAUCAAUGUGGACUUAAACCUGAUGAAGAUGUUCCCUAAUCAAACAGGAUAUUUCAAUGUGUAUCGACCCACACAGCCCCGUCAUACCAGAACAAUCCUAACUACAGCUGGCAGCGUUCGUGGGAACAGUGGAUCUGUAGCCAGUGCUUCUCGACAUCUGUUAUGGUUUCUGCUGCUGGAACGCAGCAUCUGUGUCUAUUUUAUAUAAUUUGGAUCAGCCAAGAACUGCUGUGAAGAAUAUACUGUGCUGCACUUAUUAGGUUCUUUAUAUGUUAGCUUGGAAAGUGGUUUUUCAUUGGUGACAUUUGAAUAUGUAAUUUUCAUUACUUUCAUUGUAUUAUUAUUAUUGGUUGAUUUUAGGGUGAGCAGAAAUGCAGCUUAUAAAACUUUGAGGGGAUUAAUGUCAUACUGACAUGAUAUUAAACCUUGAAACUGAGAUUACCAAACAAAAAUAUUUCUGCAGUUGCUAUAAAAUAGCUGUUUCUUUUACUUCAUCAAAAAAUAUCUAAUGAGAAAAAAAAAUCACUAAUUAAAAAAAUAUAUGUUUCUUUAGUAAAGGUGAUAUGUUUGCUAUACAAAAAGCAAAGUAUAACAGUAUAUUUUUAAAUCGAACACUAUGCUUUAGCAGUGGAGAAUGUAUUCUUCUAGCCAGUUUAAAUAAAAAAAAAAAAAACCCCACUUGUUUCAAACUGAAAUGUGUGAUUCUUGUAUGACGCCACAGGUCUGAAGCUUCAUGUCUGCUAGGGUUCACUUCACUUACAUGUUUGAUAUAAUAUAUAUAAAGCGAGGAGGGAAUUUAAAGCUCCUUCAAACUCAGGUCCUCUACCAGAGGCCUGGGAG